AUGUAUGUCGUCUACGGCGGACGUAUAGAGAACAUUUUUGACAGUCAAGUGCUUGAGUCAUAUCUUCUCACACUGUUCACACCUGAAAAAGUCACCGGUCGUUCCGGUCAAAUGCUUGCAAAGGGCGUCGAGCUACUCGCUGUGGACAAUAUCAAGGAAAUACAGCAGUUUAUCACGACGUCGAUACCUUCCGAAGACCAGCCAAACCUCUUUGGUCUCCCAAUGAAUAUCCGAUUCUCGUGGCAAUUGACAGAAGCCGAAGACACGAUUGCUAGAAUGCGAAUAGCAGUCCACCCAACGCCCCCUCCCCCUCCUGAAAAGGACCUUCCUAAGACUCCUCCUUAG